UGGUCCGCAGUAACGUGUGCUCAGUAACAGCUGAUGGUCACAGGAGGUGAAGCUAAGGACUUUUUUAUUAACUUAACGAGGCAACAACGGAUUCUUGUGCCACCGUUUAACCUCAGCCUUAAAAGUAUAACUAUAUCGUAACUAUACUCAACUAUAUCAUACGUGUCGGAGUUGCUUGUUAGUGGCGCUAGCUCGUCAAGCUAGCGAACUGAGACACCGUUUCUAACUUUAUCAACAUAUGUGGCAAUUCUUCCUUGUCACGUAUUAUCGAUGUGCUGUGGACACCAUGAAUAGCCUGUGUACUCUAUGCCAAUGUAUUUAAACCAAACGAUCGUACAGUAUGUCCAGUAUAGGCUCAGCAUCAGUCGGAGACAAGGAGCCUGACAUCCCCUUUGAAAUGGAGGAAGUCGGUGGUCCUACAUGUACAGGAGAAGUCAGCAAACAUGAUGCAGUGGUAUGUUCAGGCAACAGUGAAAUCAAAAGCCGAGCCGUAGUCAAGUACUCUGCUGCCCCACCUCCUGCCAGCUAUGCAGUACUUCAAGAGAAGACAGACUUGAAACUGCCUCCUGCAAACUGGCUGAGAGAAAACCCACAGCUGGGCAGUGCUGGCACUACAGCAUUAGGGUCUAGCAGCAAGAGCAAACCUUUUUCCAGUUUUGGAAUGGCCUAUGACUUCAUCGAUUGCAUUGGGGAUGAUGUUGACGUGGUGUCAGACUCAGAGAACAUCAAAAAACUUCUGAAAAUCCCCUACAGUAAGUCCCAUGUCAGUAUGGCUGUUCACCGUGUGGGGAGGACUCUGCUUUUGGAUGAGCUUGACAUUCAAGAGCUCUUUAUGAGGUCGUCUCAGACAGGAGAUUGGACAUGGCUAAAAGAGUUUUAUCAGCGGCUAAUAGAUCAGAAGUGGCAGAGGAAAAAGAAGAGUAAAGAGCACUGGUAUCAGAAAGCAAUCCUGUCAAAAUUCCUCUACUACAGUAUAAAUGGUGAUGGUGCUGCAGAGCCUGUACCAGACAACCUGAAUGAAGGGGAUGAGGAGAGCGGAGCAGAGGAAUUCAGUCCCUCGUGGCCAAACACCAUCACCAGUUCACACACCGAUGAAGAGGAUUCAGCUGCUUCAAAGCAGGAAAGUGUUUCUAUGGACAGCCUGUUUGCCCUUGGCCAGGUGACGUCUGUACCUAAAGAGCAAAAUCUUCCAACUCUCUUCAAUGAAGGGGAGAACAGUCAGGGCUUACGAAAUGACUUUGUGCGAAACAUUAUGUGGACAUUUGAGGAUAUCCACAUGUUGGUUGGCUCCAAUAUGCCUAUUUUUGGAGGUGGUCGCUAUCCUGCCGUCAGUCUGAGACUCAGGGACAACAACAAACCAAUCAACAUUCUGACGGGUAUCGACUACUGGCUCGACAAUCUGAUGUGCAACGUUCCUGAGCUUGUCAUGUGCUUUCACGUCAAUGGCAUUGUUCAGAAAUACGAGAUGAUCAAAACCGAAGACAUCCCUCAUCUAGAAAAUUCCACUUUCUCCACAAGGGUGGUAAAAGACAUAGCUCAAAAUAUCCUCUCAUUCCUCAAGUCCAACUGUACCAAAGAAGGGCACACCUACUGGCUUUUUAAAGCUAGUGGGAGUGACAUUGUGAAGCUUUAUGAUCUCACGACUCUCUGUGAGGAGGCAGAAGAAGAGAAAUGCCAGAAUCCUUUUACUCUCCCUGUUGCUGUGUUACUUUACAAAGUAGCCAGUAACUUGAUGCUGAAGGCCAGACAAAACCGAAAGCACAACGGCACAAUCAGAACUCUCCUCUUAAACUGUGUCAAACUUCUGGACCAGGAGAGACAUCCACAGAUCAUCGCCUCCGCCCACUACAUGCUGUCGGAGCUAUUCCAGCUCGACGAACCUCCAGAGGAAGACGGAACGGAGUCGCUACGGGCCGGCGGCUCUGAGGACAGCUAUAGCGAUGAAGACAGGGAGGAAGAGGAUGAGGAUCUAACUGAGGAGAGUGAUGAAAACAGCUCCUACAGCAGCUGCUCCAGACCACAGGAUGACAGCAAAGCAGUGGCUGUGAUCCGCUCUGUGGGGGAACUGUCCGUCCCUGAGAAGUACAAAUCCACUCACCAGAUCAGACCCAGUUGUGCUUUUCCUGUUUCACAAGACAAGGAGGAGAGAUGCAGACAUGUCCUAAGUUAUGUUUUAAAGGGUUUAAAGGCGGUGGAUGGCACCAUCAAGAAGGAGAGUGACCUCCCAGCAGCAGACCCAAACACACCCAUUCCUCUCAAAUAUGAAGAUAGAAGUGCAACUGGGGCCUGUUCUGCUGAGAAUGGUAUCUCUCUUCUUCUUGAAAGAGCGGGGACAUUGCAGUAUGACCAGAAGUAUCCAACACGUUCAGGGAUGAUUCCUGGCUCUUGGCAGCAUCGUAUGAAGCUGCAGCUCUUCCUCAAAGCCUCCAAGGCCUAUUACGUCCUCUCUGAUGCAGCCACCAAUUUGCUGAAAUAUGGGCGAGCUUUGCGCUACAUUAAGCUGUCUCUGCAGUGUUACGAUGCCUAUUGUUCUGUGAGUGGUGCACUCCACCCACAGGUGCUGCUGUUUCACAGCCAGUGCCUGUCUCUGUGUGGAGACAUCCAGCUGAUGUUGGCCCAGAACGCCAACAACAGAGCUGCAUACUUAGAGGAAUACAGCUACCAGACCAAGGAGGACCAGGAGAUUCUGCACAGCCUGCACAGAGAGAGCAGCUGCCAGGCCUUCAACAUGGCAACUGACCUGGCCAUGGACCCAGAGUACCAGCUCUUUGUCAGCAGUAAAUGCUAUGAGGCGGCAUAUGAACUGCUGGUCUCUGAGGCUUUGAAAGACCACGCUGCAGAUCAGCUCGCUCAGGUCCUGAAAAGGCUGGGAAAUAUCCGCAACGAGAUGGGGGUCUUCUACAUGAACCAGUCCGCAGCCCUGCAGACUGAGAAGGAAGUGAAAAGGUCAGUGUCUGUGGCAGAGCAGGAGAUGUGGAAGAAGAGUUUCGCCUUCUUUGAAAAAGGCAUGAAGGACUUCGAAGCCAUCGGGGACAAAACCAACACGGCCUUGCUGCUGUGUAACACCGGCAGACUGAUGAGGAUCUGUGCUCAGGCUCACUGUGGUGUCGCCGAUGACCAGAGUCGAGGGGAGUUCUCACCUGAAGAGGCCCUCUACUAUAACAAGGCCAUAGAUUACUACCUGCGAGCCAUGAAGUCCCUGGCAAACCGAGAGAACCACCCAGCAGUGUGGGAUAGUGUGAACUGGGAACUGUCCACCACUUACUUCACUUUGGCUACACUCCUGCAGGACUACGCCCCUCUGUCCAGAAAGGCCCAGGAACAGAUUGAGCGAGAGGUAACCGAGGCGAUGAUGAAAUCCCUGAAAUACUGUGACCUGCAGACGGAGUCGGCCCGCCAGCCGCUCUACCAGUACAGAGCCGCCACCAUUCACCACCGCCUGGCCUCCAUGUACCACAGCUGCUUUCGCAACCAGGUUGGGGAUGAACACUUGAGGAAGCAGCAUCGUAGCCUGGCAGAGCUUCACUAUAGCAAAGCUGUGUGUUUGUUCCUCAGCCUGAAAGACGCACCCUGCGAGCUGCUCCGCACGCUGCUGGAACGGGUGGCCUUUGCUGAGUUUACCAUGGCAGGUCAGAGCAGCAGUGCAGCUAAGUUAAAAAGCCUGACAGGAGCCCUAGAGAUCAUGACUGAGACUCGCCACGCGUUCCAGCUCAUUCACAAGGAGCUGCUGGAGGAGCAGAUAGAGCUGAAUGAGCAAGAUCCUGAAUCAGCUGAGUCUUCAGAUUUGGCCUCUACUCUCACAUCAGGACUAAACAUCGAGGAAGUGGUGAAGUUAAUAGGUGUGUUUGAACCAAGUUUCUCCUUCCUGUUACUGCAGUUGGUAAAACUCAUGACGACAGCGAAACGGAAACCAAGCAAUAAGGACGAGGAGCUGCUAAAAACGUAUAAGAAUGUGUACUCAAAGCUGCUGCGCGCUGAGAAAAACACACCUCUACUAAGCCGGGUCAUGUUCUACAUAGAGCUCCUACAGCAGCUGACGGCAGAAACAGGAAGCGAUAACAAGGGUUCGGUUUCAUAGUAAAGGAUGCGCUAAAGACUCCAGAGCUGAACGCCAUCCACUACAUUAAGACUUUACAGCUGUCUGAUAUGAACAAUAACACACACAGACAGACAAGCAGAUUCUCAGGCAACACUGUUAUAGAAGACUGACAGUGCCGAAGCCAGUUUCACCUCCUGCGCCUUUUAAGUCAGCAAAAAGAUUGUCUUUUUGUGACACUUACUUCACAGGUUUUGGAUAAUGCAUUUUUGUGAAACAGAGUUAUAAAUUCUGCCAUAUUUUAAUUUGCUUGUCAAUCAAGCUGUUACAAACCAGGGUAAAACUCCUGUUUGUAGAGUUUUUUUUUUUUUUGUGUAUGAUUUUAUCUAAUCACAGAUGUUUCCGUAUUGCUGUUUCUGAUGAUUAAUUUAUCCCCGUACAAGCUGGUUUUGACCAAAACAGUGAGUAUUUGGUCUGUCUACCCCCCAUACAGGUGUCUCAACAUAUCAGUCAGGUCUUUAUAAAGACAACUCCUAUUUUUUAAUGUUAUAAUUAAUAAUAUCAGCACUCAGUUUGGGUUUUACAGUUUUUUUCGGCUGCCCUCAAGUGGCCAAAUGCAUCUAUCAGUGUAGAAUAAUUACCAAAUUUAAGAGUUCCAAUUAAAAUCUGUUUUAACCAUGAGUAUUGGCAACUCCAUUUCAUAUUUUUUUUGUUGUAUGCUUUCUUUUUUCUUCUUUUCUUUUUAAUUUUGAUACUGUACCAAAUAACUCUACAUCUAGAAGAGAAUAAAUCAUAGCACAGGCCCGACUGAAUAAUAGUUAAUUUUGAUAUAAUGGUGUUUUUGAUAUUCAAUAACACCAACGAUGCUGUGAAUAAAACAGAUGUAUGACUGUGGCUUAUGACUUUAAUAAGCUAAAACUUGAUUUUUUGCUUCCCCGGUUCAACAGUGUGUGCAAUAGUUUGGCAACAUUCAAUGCAAAGUCAAAGGCUAAUAUGGUGUAUGUUUAAAUGUGAGUUUAUAUCAGCAUGGUUUGCUGUGACAUAAGAAAUUAAAAGGUUUUGACUGCUCUAACU